UAGGAAGGAAUUCCGUGAAUACUAUGGGCACCGAAAUCGGCAGCCUAGCAGAGCCGGGUAAUAUUGGAGUGCCUUGAGCCCCUUGCAUGGUGGAUAUGUGCGCUAUAUAAAUAUCUGAUAUUAUUAUUACUAUUUUUUUUUUAUUGCACUGAAUUACAGGUGUAUGCUCAGAUUCAAGAUAUACUGUACAUGUAGUUUUAGAACAAAGACUACUCAGCUACUGUCUGUAUUAAUGAUGGUAAGAAAGAUCGAGUAUAAUGAAAGCUGGACAAGUUCUACAGAGAAUUUGACCUUUACAGAAAGGAAGUAGAGCAAUGAUAAUAUAUCAAGCAGACUGCAGUAUAGACUUGUGUGUGCUCAGUUGAACUUGUAUGAAGAAACGUUGUGUAAAUAAUCAUCGUAUAUACAGACUGGAUCCCAACAUCGUAUAAAGAAACGCUGUACAAGGAAACUAUAGAAACUAGUUUUUAAUGAGGUCGGAUGACAUGAAAGCUGGCCUGUUAUUAAGGGCAUUUGCAAUAGUCCCGCCCAGUUUUACAGUUUUUGUAGAACGGGAUGCUGCUUCUGUGGUCAUGUACGAUUGACUGAGAAAGAGAGGAGCUUGAGGAGAGGAAGUCGUCUUGAAAAGUCAUUCACCAGAGGGGCAUGCUUGACAGAUCGUCAUGGUGACUCAUCCAAGGGUACUCACUCAAUUUGUAGGAAAUGCCUUUAGAUCGUGACCGAGAUCACUGAGCAGUUUGCGGCCUGCGUGAGGGAUCUACGAUGCCAUGUGUUUUCUGCAUGUCUGAUGCUUUGGAGUGUUCAUGAAGGAUCAAGUGUGCACGUGUGUCCUUCUCAAAUACCUAGGAAAUUUUGCAGCUGUGUUCACAUGCGACGGAACACACUGUAGCACCUGAAGCCGUGUUGACACUGCCUGAUUAUGAAGCCUCCUUUGAUUCAAUACGCUCUUGAUUUGUUUACACUCUCUGGAUGGUUGUGUUUGGACUCUCUGGAUGGUUGUGUUUGGACUCGUGAUGCGUGACGUUGAUGGAUCAUACAUUGAAUCGGUAUCGUAAGAGAUAGAACAUUGUUUAAUACGGGACUGUUGCCUAGAAAUAGGGAAGUUGAGGCAAUAUGAAUCGGUUCGUAGCAUUUGGGAUCAUCUGUGUGGCGGCCAUCUUGUUUUCAUUGGUUGCAUACAGUAAGCUGUCGGAGAACGGGGUAUCCAGGAGAGGUCUUACAGCGAUCGUCAGCAGCACGAAGGAUGCAUUGGUCGAUCAAGACCAGGAGGAGCCUUUUAAUUCACAUUUAACCCUUCCGAAGCUGCCAACUUUCAGAUCAAAGGAGGUAACGUUCCCCGAUGAGAGUUCUUCCGACAUCUCCAGUUCUGCGGACGAAGGAUUUGGUGAACUCGCUGAACUUGUAAACACUCCGAAUGAAGUCCAAGAAGAGAAGACACCUAGGGAGAAUGAUGAUAAACCUAUUGUUAUUGUAGUACUAGCUCGCAUGAGGACAGGUUCAUCAUUAGUUGGCGAGCUUUUCAAUCAGAACCCGUCAUUUUUUUACAUAUUCGAGCCUCUUCAUGCGGUUGAUAGUUUUAUUCGUCACCAUGCUGCAGCUGAAGUCCGUCGCCAGGGAAUCUCCGUUUCUCUCCUGAGCAUGCUCGCAAAAUGCAAGUUUACACCGGAAUUCAUCGACAGCUAUUCAAAAUGGCCGCUGGGGAAAUCAAAGAGCAGCGGAUUGUUGCCAAUUUGCAAAAUAACCGAUGGCUGUAGCCAUGCUUCACAUCACCUCGUAGAAGAAAGAUGCAAAGCUUUUGGAGGCCGCAUCGGCAUGAAGACCAUCAGGGCGGAUCUGAAUAUGCUGAAAACUCUUGUAGAGAAAGAUCAUAUCAAUCUUAAAAUCAUUCAUCUGGUACGAGAUCCCAGAGGAACUGCUAAUUCACGCCGUUCCUAUUACGGGAAGAAGGUCCACUUGUCCAAAUCUAAACAAAUUCCACUUAUAUCGCUUAAAAACUUGGGGCUUUUAGAGGAGCACUCGCGCUAUCAUAUUAAUACCAUCGUUAAUUAUUGUAAGUGGGUACGGGAUAAUGUCCCAUUGGCCAAGUCGAGACCCACCUGGCUGGAGGGUCGCUAUAUGCUUGUUCGCUAUGAAGACCUAGCUCUGAAUCCUGUCAAGGCAUCCCAGGAGAUCUAUGACUUCGUAGGUCUGACCAUGCCCGCGAACAUUCAGGAAUGGGUGCGUAACAAUACCAACGAGAAUAACAUUCAGAACAAAACCUUUGGCAUGCAGAAGAACUCGAAGGAAGUCAUGCAGAGCUGGCGCCACUCGUUGCCCUACGAAGAGGUACUCCAGGUGCAGAAGGUCUGUGGAACAGCCAUGGCGAUUGGUGGGUAUAGGCAAAUACAGAGCCCAGGUGAUCAGACAGACAUGUCCUUUGAUACAAUGGAAACCCUUUUUGGAUGGUGAUAGAUUAUAAUUUGGAGAGCUGCAGAAUAACCAUGGUGACUGGUGGAUGUAGGACAGUUCAGAGCCCAAGUGAUCUAAUAAUCCUGUCCUGUGAUACGAUAGAACCCCAUGUUUGGAUGGUGAUAGAUUAUAAUUUGGAGAGCUGCAGAACAGCUAUUGUGAUUGGUAGGUGUAGGACAGUUCAGAGCUCAGAGGAUCUAACAAAAGUGUCCUUUUAUACGACCGAACACCUUUCUGGAAUAGAUGCUGAUAGAACUGUAGAUUGGGAGAGCUGCUGAUCAGCCAUGGUGAUUGGUACGUGUAAGGCCGAACAGGGCCCAAGUGAUCUAAUAAACGUGUCCUUUGAUACGAUAGAACACCUUUUUGGAUGGCACUAGGAUUUUCUGGGGGUUCCCUGGAACAGCCAUGGUGCUUUAUAGUAGAUAUAGGGCAGUACAGAGCCCAGAGGAACUCAUCAAUACAUGAAGGCCCCCCCCCCCCCCUCCCCCAUGGGGUGGAUGGGGAGGGAGGAAUGAUAAUUGGACCGGUUACUGUUUAAUAAAUGGCUGAUGUUGGUUUCAUCACUUUAGAUCAGCGUUUUUCAACUGGGAUGCUCAAGACAUCUCCUGGGGUGCAGUAAAAAGAAAUAAAGUU